AUGAAACUAUACUUGCUUGAUGCCGGAAUUAAGUGUCUCGACGCCCCAUUCGAUUCGGGCAGGAUCAUUGUCUGGGAACCAGGCACCGCGGCCCUUCAUGAAAUUGUGGGAAAGCAACGGUUACCAGACGGUAUUAUUUUUUCACGCCGCGAGGAUCGUCUUUACUGGACCAAUAUGGGGAUCCCAGAUCAAAAUGACGGUAGCAUUCUAUCCUGUAACCCUGAUGGGAGCGAUGUUCAGCAAGUGCUAGCUCCAGGCAAGGUCCACACACCAAAGCAGCUCAAAUUUGAUCACGAUUCGGGAAAGCUUUACUUUGCAGAUCGAGAAGGACUUAGAGUCAUGCGAUGCAAUACCGAUGGGUCUGAACUUGAAACAUUGAUCCAAGCGGGGGACUGGCAAAUGCAAAGGCACAAAGAAGACAAGUCAAGAUGGUGUGUGGGUGUAGCUAUAUCCACCCAGAACGGAAAGCUCUAUUGGUCACAGAAAGGUCCGUCCAAGGGCUCUGCGGGUCGGAUCUUUGCAGCCAAUAUCAGUAUCCCAACAGGCUACAAUGCUGAGAAUCGACCCGAUAUUACCUGUCUGGUCGGGGGCCUGCCUGAACCUGUAGACCUCCAUUAUGAGGAGCAGUCAAGCACUCUGUACUGGACGGACCGGGGCGAGCUGCCUUUGGGAAAUACUCUCAAUUACCUCAAUAUUUCCGACCUACAAGCGAGUGGAGCGUCGGGCCAUCAUAUCCUCGCAUAUCACUUCAACGAGGCUAUUGGAUUGACAAUGAAUUACCAUGACCAAGCCAUAUAUGUCACGGACCUUGGCGGUGGCAUAUACAGAUGUAGCCAGGAUGGCAGCGGCAAAAGGCGAAUGUAUGUAGGGGAAGAAAGUGCAUUCACUGGGAUCACUAUGUCCAACGAAGUCUAA